AUUUAUUGUAGCAAAUGCGGGAGACGGAGGCUCGUCGCGCCGACCUCGAGCGUCAACAUGCGGAAGCUCAACACCACUUACGCGAAAAAACCGCUGGAUGUUAUCAGGGGCCUGAGUCCGUGGAAGCUUUACAAUCACAGAUUCGCGAAUUGGAAAAAAAGACACAAUUGCAGAUGGUUCGACACGAGGAGCUCAGCCUGGAAUUGACCAGCCUGAAGAGAGCUCGAAAUCGUGGUCCAAGUACACUAGGUCACACUGGCACCUUGACAAACUCUAGCGUGGCCACUGCAACAUGGCCUCUUGUGGGCUCCGAAAUCGAUCGAAUCAUGUCUAAAAUCGAGCAGAACAGAACAUUACAAGAUCUUGAUCUUACUCACGGUACUAUUACAACGCAGCAGCCAUCCAUGUCUCAGAAUAUUUUGCGUUCAAGCACAGAAAACCUUUCAACUGUUGCACAUCAGCAUCCCCCACAUCCACAUGCUCUCAGUCUUGGAAUAGCUUCACAAAUUUCACAUUUUACGGGUUCACCUAUGCCUUUAACACCUUUGAUGCCGGGUUGUCCAGCUCUAACACCGAAUGGACCUCCAUAUCACUACAAUGAAGCGAUACCUCCAGCGCCUUCCGCAUUGUCUACUAGCCAAUCUCAGCCAGUUUUUCAGUCAAAGCUUCAACAAUAUCAACAACAGCAGAAGCUUCUGGAUAUUACCAAUUCACAAAUACAGAGUACUACUGCACAGAAACAACAGUCACAAUUGACGCACGGCCACUACACGGGAAAUCAGUAUCAAGAAAACUAUCCACAUUCCCAAACUUAUCAACAGCCGAUAAGUCAACAACAGCAGCAGCAACAACAAAAACACUCAACAUCAUCUUCUUAUCUGACAUCAAUUAGCCAAAGCACGUUGCCUCAUUAUAGUCAACCUGGAUUAUCUUCUCAGAAUUAUCAAAUGAAUGGAGCGCAGCAGAAUAAAACAUAUUCAAAUUUAUUGAUGACAUCUCAUCAAAACAGCACAUUCAGUUCAGUACAACCAUCCAAUUACGACAGUCAACUCAGUCAUCAUAAUUUUUCUAUGAUGCAAACAAAUUUACCUCAAACCAUGCCGCCAUAUUCAACAACAUCGUAUCAUUCAACAUUACCUGGUUUAACUAGUGUCUCACAACCAGUGUUACCUUUUUCGACGGCCACAACUACUUAUUCUACAUCCGGUACGUGUUACACAAAUGUGGGGACAAAUGCUUUUGGGACAUCUAGUGUUUCUUCAGGAUCAGGAGGCAUACUGCAGGCAAUAGGUGAUCCACUACAUGCGAUGCAACAAUUGUCUGUUCAGUCCCAGGCAAAUCAAUUACAGCAACAAGCUAUCAUACAACAAAUUCAGCAGAGUUUGCGUGCCACCUCACCAACGUCGACAAACACUGCAACAGGGGGUCACCACUUCUUAGGUCCUCGUCAAAUGCCUAAAAUUCCAACUAGCAUUCUCACCAAUCAGAUAGAUCGACUCUCAGGUGAUUCUGGCCUAGUACCUGAGGGUCAGGUGGAUAUGCUUGAUAUACCGGGCAAAGGUCGUUGUUACGUUUAUAUUGCGCGCUUCACUUAUGAACCUUUCCAGCACUCGCCUAAUGAGAAUCCAGAGGCAGAACUACCCGUUCAGGGAGGUGAUUAUUUAUUGGUCUGGGGACAACCAGAUGAGGAUGGCUUUUUGGAUGCUGAAACCCUUGAUGGCAGAAGAGGACUCGUCCCUGCUAAUUUUGUACAAAAGCUAGUAGGCGAUGAUUUACUCGAAUUUCAUCAAGCUGUACUUGGAUUGAGAGAUGUUGAUGAUGCUGUUUCGACUAAUAUACCUCAGUGUUAUUUACAGGAUAUCGAUUUAGAAUUGGCAGCUUUAGAAGAAGGAAAUCGCAAUCGUCAAGCUGAACUAUCAGCGUAUGCAGAACUCGAUAAUAUCGCUGAAGAAGAUGAACAAGAGCCGCCAGUUCCGGCGCCACAACAUCUCACCCUUGAACGCCAACUGAAUAAGAGCGUCUUAAUUGGAUGGACAGCUCCAGACAAUCCUCAUCAGCUCGAGUCUUAUCAUGUGUACGUGGAUGGUGUUCUAAAAGUGACUGUCAAGGCAUCUGAAAGAACACGAGCACUUGUUGAAGGAGUUGAUUCAAAUAGGCCACAUCGGAUAAGUGUACGCUCGGUAACGCAUUCACGCCGUACAUCACGUGAUGCUGCAUGUACUAUGGUGAUUGGUAAAGAUAUGUCAACUGGUCCGACAGCUGUUAAGGCCUCGAAUGUGACAGCUACGAGUGCUGUUAUAUCUUGGCUACCAAGUAAUAGCAAUCAUCAGCACAUUGUUUGUGUCAAUAAUGUGGAGGUACGCACUGUUAAGCCAGGUGUUUAUCGGCAUACGAUAACUGGUCUUGCACCGUCAACAAUCUAUAGGGUCACUGUUAAAGCUAAAAAUCUAAGGGCUACGCACUUUGAGGACCAAAAUGCUCAAAUGGCUAAUAGUCAGGCCUGUCAUGUGCACUUCAAGACUUUACCUAAAGGAUUGCCUGAUCCUCCGGUCGAUAUCCAAGUGGAGGCUGGACCACAAGACGGAACAUUGCUAGUGACUUGGCAGCCUGUUGCUCUAAAUGGUUCGGCAGUCACAGGUUACGCCGUUUAUGCUGAUGGGAAAAAAGUUACUGACGUCGAUAGCCCUACUGGUGAUCAUGCACUCGUCGAUAUACACAAGCUCAUGGGACUUAAUCCUAAACAUAUUACUGUAAGGACUAAAAGCAGAGAAAGCCAAUCUGGGGAUAGCUGUGCUACAGCAAUACCUUGCAGCGUUCUGAGAGGUGGACCAGUUCAAUUACAACAUCAACAGAUGCAUUUACAAGGAGAUCAGUCACAUCAGAUGCAAUUGCAAAUGCAGGACCAAUCUAGUAUGAUGAUGGGUCUUUCAGGAGUAGUGGUUGAUCCGAACCAGCAACGAUCAGGAGGGAUUGGAGUGGGAGUGACAGGACAUAGGUAUCCAAACUCUCAAUUAUCCAAUCACUCAAGACGACAUUGCACAACGCGCGUUGACGCUCAUGGACAAGUUGUUAUUGAAACUGAUGAAAACCUAUCUGAUAAGGAGAUUUAUCCAGGGCAAAACAUAUCACAAAUGGGCGUAGCUGAAUUUACAAAAGAUUCAGCGAGUGAGACGAACUACAGCGAAGAGGAAGGUGAGGCAGUACGACGAAGUGGUCGUAUAUCCCAUCACGGCAGUCCUAGUCAACACCAGCAACAGCGUUAUGGAACGUCAGGACAGGUGCAAAGUGGACCUGGUGUAGCCCUUGCUCAGAGUCAAUCAGUCAGUCAUAGAUCUUGUCGGUCUCAGAGUAGUAGUACAAGAUUUCAAGAGUCUUACUACGAUCAAUCACCAGGCAACUCGAGAGGACGGGGUACAAUGCACAGAGGGUCUCAUAUGGGGCCAGCUCAAGGUGGUCCCAGUCGCUCUGUCAGCGUGCAGCAACUCAACAAAAGGCCUCGAUGGUUUGUCGCUCUUUACAAUUACGAUCCAACAACUAUGUCACCCAACCCAGAUGCAUGUGAAGAAGAAUUACGCUUUUCUGCAAAUGAUAUGAUCAAGAUUCAUGAAGAUAUAGAUGCAGAUGGUUUUUACUGGGGUGAAUUUCGUGGUAGACGUGGAUAUGUACCACAUAACAUGGUAGAGGAAAUUGAUAAUCCUAAUGAAAUAAGCCAAUUACAAAGUGGACAGCAAAAUAUUGUCGCUAAAAGAAGCCAAGCAUCGAAUGAAAGAUGGGGCGAUAUUUAUGCUAAUAUAUCCGUCAAAAAAAUGAUUGCCCUUUAUGAUUACAAUCCACAAGAAUUAUCACCAAAUGUUGAUGCUGAGCAAGUCGAAUUGAGUUUUCAAACUGGUAACGAAAUCUAUGUAUAUGGCGAUAUGGAUGACGACGGUUUCUUUAUGGGCGAACUAGAUGGCGUUCGAGGUCUCGUACCGAGUAAUUUUUUGACUGAAGCACCAGGUCCACCUCAAGGUCAACAGUGUGUUCAAAAUCAGUCUCAAGCGUUACCGGGUAGUAGAAGGGCUCCAGGUCCUAACCAGGGCCCUGGUGCAAGAGGUCCACCUCCACCUCCUCGAGAAAUGACAACACAUCGACGUAAAGAUGCCUGCAUUGUGCCUGUGUCUGUCUCUGUCUGUCACUUAGACUCUAGACAACUACAACAACCACUAAUCGACAUCCAACAAUCACAUCAAGUACAACAAUAUCAACAAAACAAUCCACCGCAUCUAGCGUAUCAACAAGCCAAUCACCAUAGCCAUACGACUGUAACUACGUCUAAUCUGCAUGGUUCCAGUCAUCCGCCUAAUCAAGGUGGUGUUAUGGGUUCUCAUACAAUUCAUCAGCCUGGGCAAAUACCGCCCCAUAUGCAGCAACAGGGGAGGGGGAGAAGCGUGGUUAAUCGAUCUGGUGUUACUAACUUACCGGGAGGCUCUCCGAGCAUACAAGGUCAAAUGCAACAACAGCAACAAAAUCAAUCCUAUCAACAGCAACAGCAAAAUCAUUCAUGUCAACAGCAACAGCAAAAUCAAUCUUAUCAACAGUCGCAAAACCAAUCAGGACAGAUUAGUGUUCAAAAUAAUUAUCAGCAACAAAUUCCUGGAAGUUAUCAACAAUCUAAUCAAGGUUUUGGGACACAACCACACCAGCAGUAUAAUCAACAAACACAAAGUCAACAGUCUGGUAAUUUAAUAUCAGGAAUGCAAAGUGGUUCGCAGUCAAGCAAACCCACCCGUGGAAUUCCUGCCGUAAUACCUACAGCUCAAUCUUCGAAUCCUCAACAACAACAGCAACAACAACAGCAACAACAACAACAACAACAACAACAACAACCAAAUGUUGGGCCUAAUCUUAUGCAAAAAUUCACAGAGAUGGCAGGGGCAAGUGCUGGUGGUGAUAUUCUCUCCAAGGGAAAGGAGUUAAUAUUUAUGAAAUUUGGAUUAGGCAAGUGAGUGUACGCUAUAUCCGAUAUACAGAAACUAACAUUUAUUUAUCUAUUUCUAUUAUUGAGAAUACAAGGUGAUAUUACAAGUGAUACAGUGUCAUGAUCUUUCUUCUAACUGAAGAAAAAGGGGAACAACGACUCGUGGCGAGUGUGCAAAUUAUAAAAUUAAUUGACGCUUCGCUAAACAUUAUUAAAUAUAAUAGUGUAUAUAUUACAUAGUAUUGUUUGUAAACAUAUCGCGCUCCUAAAUACUGAAGUUAAUUUUCCUGUAGGUAAUAUCGUAAUAAUGCGUCAACUAUAAAAAUAGCUGAAAGUUGAACCAAUGUAUACUAAAUGUUGGAGUAUUACUCUUAAUGUAUUAUUAAUUUUUAAAUUGAUCGACGAAUACAAAUAAUUUUA